GGUAAUCAUUACUCUCCCUCGGAAUUUCAUAACUCUUAGAGUCGUAUAAACAAAUCAUAUGCUACGGCCAAGAAAGUAAUCAUUAUGGCUGGGAAGGUUAAAUUGAACGCGAAUCACACUCAUUUAGUUAUUUGGGCAUCUAUUGCCAUCGUCUUGGGGGCGAUAUGGUCUGCGACGUCACGAUCAUCACCAAAUCUUUCGAGCCAACCUCGGUGCCGUUGCUUUCCUGGAGACCCAUGCUGGCCGUCCUUUUCUGAGUGGGAGUCGUUCAAUGAUACAGUUGGUGGUAGACUCAUAGCUACCGUCCCGAUUGCCAGUUCAUGCCAUGAUAGCUUCCCCGCAGUUGAAUAUGACGCCGAGAAGUGCGAGGAGAUUCAGGCGAACUGAGCGCGUCCCGAACUUCACGACCACACUACACAUUCACCAAUGGCUGGAUUCUUUGCAAAUAUGAGUUGCGACCCGUUUACGCCCAGAAAUGCUCAAUGUAUCGUGGGUAGCUAUGUGGCAUACGUUGUCAACGCUUCUGGCGCCCUCGAAUAUCGCGAGACUUUAAACUUUGCUAAGAAACACAACAUCCGCCUAGUCAUCCGGAACACGGGCCACGAUUAUAUGGGAAAGUCAACAGGCGCCGGCGCGCUGGCGAUAUGGACACAUAACAUUAAAUACAAAUCCAUCAUCGACUACACUUCCCUAACCUACACCGGGAAGGCGAUGAAAAUCGGGGCGGGCGUAUCAACCUCCGAGGCUCAAUCGAUGGCAAAUUCGAAUGAUCUUGUCAUCGUACAAGGUGAUUGCCCAACCGUGGGUAUUGCGGGUGGCUAUACACAGGGAGGUGGAAGCGGCCCAUUGGCGUCCAAGUUCGGGCUUGCAGCUGACCAAGUUUUAGAAUGGGAGGUAGUAACAGGGAACGGAGACUUUUUAACGGCUACGCCUAAUAAUAAUCCCGAGUUGUAUUGGGCUCUUGCUGGCGGUGGCGGCGGCACGUAUGGUGUCGUUUUAUCAAUGACGGUCAAACUUCAUCCGAAUAUGCCAACGGCUGGCAGUGCUCUUUUUUUCACCGAGCCGACAGAAGCGUACUGGGACAUCGUUCAAGCCUUUUUGCUCAACCUACCGGAUGUAUUGGAGGCCGGCGGUACUAUUUACUGGCAGGUUCUGCCAGGAAACAUAUUUCGGAUGCCGCAAUCGUAUUUGCCGAACGGCACUGCUCAGGAUCUUGAGCAACUGCUGCAGCCUACACUCAAACUACUUGACCAGAGCGGUAUCUCGUACGCCUUUUCCUCUCGGGAUUUCCCAAACUUCCAAGAUGCCUUUUACGAGAUGGUCCCUGAGACGAACGUCACGGAAAUAAACCUCGGUGGUCGUCUCAUUCCUCGUUAUCUCUUAGCAUCAGAAAUUUCUGCUGCUUCUCUGACAAGUGCCAUCAAGUCGAUAAUCAAUAAUGGCGGUAUCUUGGCCGGUGUUUCAAUGGAUGUCAGCCGUCCCCCAAGCUCUUCCAAUGCCGUCCAUCCAGGUUGGCGGGAAUCAGCAUUCCUAGCGUUCUUAGGCACAAUAUACAAUCGAUACAACAUGACAUCGAAUGUGGUCAAUCAACGCCUAGUCACCAAUACUCUUCUUCCCAUUUUAGAAGAGAUCACACCGGGUGGUGCUGCAUACUUGAACGAGGCGGACAUCAACCAGCCAAACUGGCAUAAUGUGUUUUACGGCGCAAAUUACCCUAAGCUAAUAUCUAUCAAGAAGAUGUUUGACCCGGAUGACAUUUUCUGGGGUCCAACGGCAGUAGGAAGCGAAAGAUGGGAGGUUACCGAACAUGGACGCCUUUGUAUGGUUAGUUAAUGCUUUGAGUUUACGAAAGGUUAUUAUGCCGAACUUUUUUUUAAUAAAAACGAAUUGUUGUUACACAAUUAAUACGGAUUAAAUAAGCGAU